AUGACGUUUGACCUCACUGUUUCUACCUGCAUAGUGAAGGACCAGCCAUCCACAACCUGGGGUCCUACGACAGAACAGCCGUCCACGACCUGGGGCCCAACAACUGCACGGCCAUCCACGACAUGGGGCCCGACACCAGGCCAGCAAUCCACAACUUGGGGCCCAACUACAGGCCAGCCUUCCACAACCUGGGGCCCAACUACAGCCCAACCAUCCAUAACUUGGGGCCAAACAACAGUCUGGCCAUCCUCCACCUGGGGCCCUACAACAGGACGACCAUCCACAACCUGGGGUCCAACAUCAGGCCAACCAUCCACUACCUGGGGCCCAACUACAAGCCAGCCAUCCUCAACUUGGCGCCCAACAUCUGGUCAGCCAUCCUCAACCUGGGGCCCAACUACAGGCCAGCCUACCACAACCUGGGGCCCAACUACAGCCCAACCAUCCACAACUUGGGGCCAAACAACAGUCUGGCCAUCCUCCACCUGGGGCCCUACAACAGGACGACCAUCCACAACCUGGGGUCCAACAUCAGGCCAGCCAUCCACUACCUGGGGCCCAACUACAAGCCAGCCAUCCUCAACUUGGCGCCCAACAUCUGGUCAGCCAUCCUCAACCUGGGGCCCAACAACAGGCAAGCCAUCCACAAGCUGGGGCCCAACUACAGGCCAGCCAUCUACAACUUGGGCCCCAACUACAGGCCAGCCUUCCACAACCUGGGGCCCAACUACAGGCCGACCAUCCACAACUUGGCGCCCAACAACAGUCCGGCCAUCCACCACCUGGGGCCCUACAACAGGACAACCAUCCACAACCUGGGGCCCAACAACAGGCCAGCCAUCCACUACCUGGGGCCCAACUACAAGCCAGCCAUCCUCAACUUGGCACCCAACAUCUAGUCAGCCAUCCUCAACCUGGGGCCCAACUACAGGCCAGCCUACCACAACCUCGUGCCCAACUACAGCCCAACCAUCCACAACUUGGGGCCAAACAACAGUCUGGCCAUCCACCACCUGGGGCCCUACAACAGGACGACCAUCCACAACCCGGGGACCAACAACAGGCCAUCCAUCCACUACCUGGGGCCCAAAUACAAGCCAGCCAUCCUCAACUUGGCGCCCAACAUCUGGUCAGCCAUCCUCAACCUGGGGCCCAACAACAGGCCAGCCAUCCACAAGCUGGGGCCCAACUACAGACCAGCCAUCUACAACUUGGGUCCCAACUACAGGCCAGCCUUCCACAACCUGGGGCCCAACUACAGGCUGACCAUCCACAACUUGGCGCCCAACAACAGUCCAGCCAUCCACCACCUGGGGCCCUACAACAGGACAACCAUCUACAACCUGGGGCCCAACAACAGGUCAGCCAUCCACUACCUGGGGCCCAACUACAGGACAACCAUCUACAAUCUGGGGCCCUACAACAGGACGACCAUCCACAACCUGGGGACCAACUACAGGCCAGUCAUCCACAACUUGGGGCCCAACUACAGGCCAGCCAUCCAAAACCUGGGAACCUACCACAAACCGACCAUCCACAACUUGGGGUCCAGUGGCAGCUAAAGCUGCCUGAAGCUGCGGUUUGAUCAUGAAGCCACUGGCUGUACAAUUCGAAAUCUUAUUUUCAAUCAGAAUGAUUUGUCACUUUAGGAUUCAUAAAAUGUUUCAGCUAUUCAGGCAUUAAAUAGGUGUUUCUCGUUGAAUGUUUUUGUAGUGUCUUGGCUAAUAACGACAUUGUUGUGCAAUUUAUCGCCUACUAUAUGGAAAUAUUGUAGGCGUAAGAUUCUGGUUUUGACAUAUGUAAUCCACGAGUUACAUCGUAUUUAUUCAUAAUGGCCUUAUAUCAUUACAGCCUUAUUUAUUGAUUCAUUGUGUUUUUAUGUUUAAAAUAAUUUUUUUUAUUCUUAGAUUGGAUUCAUCGUUGCAGCAUGUGUAUGAGACUUAGAAGGCAAAUGUGCACUAUAGAGUGUAUACGCUAUAGUCCUCU